CCCCGCAGCCGCCCGGCUUCGCGAACGUCCUCACAGCUCCCUCGGGCCUGACUUCCGGUUUCCUCGCGCGGCCCUGGCGCCGAGCCCGCGGACAGCGGCAGCUCCUUUUCCGGUGGCGAGCUGCUGGUCCACCCUUCCAGCCCCUCUCGACAGCGCUUCCCUUCUACGGCGGGCGACGCGGCCGCCGGGCCGUGUAGGUCCUGACGAGGCCGGCCAGCGCCGGAGGGCCUGGGUCUCGCGCGCGUGUUGCUGGGUAACGGGCCUUCUCCCGCGGCUGCUCGGCCUCCUGCCUGUGCUCGCCCCUCCUUCCAGAACCUCCAAGGCCACUACCGAAGGACAGGGCCUGCGCCGGGCCUGGCGUAGCCAAGGCAGAAGAAAUGGGAAUCCUUCCGCGGCGCACCUGGUGCGACUGCCUUCGGUGGGGAAGCGGCGGUGUCUUUGAGGAAACCGGAAGCCCGUGGUGACCCCUGGCGACCUGGGUCGUUUUCGGUCCGUUUCCAAACACUAGAGAAUCGGAACUCGGCGGCCCUGGGGGCGGCCCUACAUAGCCUGGCUUCGGGGUUUUAAUCUCCAGAGGUCUGGUUUGUACAGAGUAAUAUGCUGUCAUGGAUGCACUGGUAGAAGAUGAUAUCUGCAUUCUGAAUCAUGAAAAAGCCCAUAGGAGAGAUACAGUGACUCCAAUUUCAAUAUAUUCAGGAGAUGAGUCUGUUGCUUCCCAUUUUGCCCUUGUUACUGCAUAUGAAGACAUCAAAAAACGUCUUAAGGAUUCAGAAAAAGAGAACUCUUUAUUAAAGAAAAGAAUAAGAUUUUUGGAAGAAAAGCUUAUUGGAGCUCGAUUAGAUGAAGAAGCAAGUUCUGUGGGACGAGAACAAGUAAAUAAGGCCUAUCAUGCAUAUCGAGAAGUUUGCAUUGAUAGAGAUAAUUUGAAGAGCAAAUUAGAUAAAAUGAAUAAAGACAACUCUGAAUCAUUGAAAGUAUUGAAUGAACAGCUACAGUCUAAAGAAGUAGAACUCCUCCAGCUAAGGACAGAGGUGGAAACUCAGCAGGUGAUGAGGAAUUUAAAUCCACCUUCAUCAAACUGGGAGGUGGAAAAGUUGAGCUGUGACCUGAAGAUCCAUGGUUUGGAACAAGAGCUGGAACUGAUGAGGAAAGAAUGUAGUGAUCUCAAAAUAGAACUACAAAAAGCCAAACAAACGGAUCCACAUCAAGAAGACAAUCUGAAGAGCAGAGAUCUCCAAAGACUAAGCAUUUCAAGUGAUAAUAUGCAGCAUGCAUACUGGGAACUGAAGAGAGAAAUGUCUAAUUUGCAUCUGGUGACUCAAGUACAAGCUGAACUACUAAGAAAACUGAAAACCCCAACUUCAAUCAAGAAAGCCUGCGCCCCAGUAGGAUGCAUUGAAGACCUUGGGAAAGACAGCACAAAACUGCACUUGACGAAUUUUACUGCAACAUACACAAGACAUCCCCCUCUCUCACCAAAUGGCAAGGCUGUUUGUCAUACUACAUCUUCUGCUUUACCAGAUAUAAAGAUUUUAUCAGAGAAAGCAAUCCUCCAAUCAUGGACAGAUAAUGAGAGAUCCAUUCCUAAUGACGGUGCAUACUUUCAGGAACACAACUCUUACGGCAGAAAUUCUCUGGAAGAUAAUUCCUGGGUUUUUCCAAGCCCUCCUAAAUCAAGUGAGACAGCAUUUGGGGAAACUAAAAGUAAAACUUUGCCUUUACCCAACCUGCCGCCACUGCAUUACUUAGAUCAACAUAAUCAAAACUGCCUUUUUAAGAAUGAAUUCUGAGGAGAUUCAUGAUUUCAUCAUGAGGACACUCUCUCUCUCAGUGGUUCAGAAAUUAUUUAACAAAGUGGAUUUUGAUUAAAAUUUUGCAGUUCUUCAGUAUAUACAUUUGAACAUACUGUGCAAUAUUAUGUAGUUGAUUUUCAGUAUGAAAGAGCACCAUCCAGCUCCAUAUUCUGAGAAUCAGAUGUAUGCUACUAUACUAAUUAAUAAAUAAGGUGUUUAAA